AUGGAGGAAGUCUGUAUGGGGCUGAUCACAACCGAACAGGCUCAGGAUAUCAUCAAGUUAUCACAUCAUUCACUUGGGAACCUCUUCGCUAAAAACAGAAACCUGAAGGAUACUCCGGAGAUACAAAAUCCAUAUUAUGUGGUUGUGUGUUGUAUCGCUUGCAUUAAGGCCCCUGAACUCAAGCUUGGGCCAUGUGGAACCGUUGAGGCUUACAAGCAACGGCUGUCAGACAUGCCCAUAGCUCUCUAUGUAGCUGAGAGCUGGGAAUUCCACAUUCAACAGAGAGGUGACUUCUAUAAGAGACUCGAACAGGUCUUUGAUGCUUUGAAAGAUACUCGACGCUUGGACUCCCUUGUGCAGCUUAUGCACGUCGGGGGAAAACCACAUAACGACCAAGACGUCAAACAGUUCCCCACAGACUUUACGACAACACACAUAACAGCGUAUUUCGGACUUGAGUUAGCACUGCAGCGUGAACUGAUUUCAUCGAGUCUUACCGAGAAUAUCGAUAACCAAGACUCGUGGGGGAGAACAGCUCUUCACGUCGCGGCCGGAAGGGGUCACCUGUCGUUUUGUGCCAUGCUAGUCCAAGCAGGCGCCAGGAUGGAUAUUAAGGAUAGAAACAAUAGGUCUCCGCUGCAUCACGCCGUAUUAAGUGGGCAAUAUGAUCUUUUUGAAAUGUUGCUACAUUUUGUACCACAUAACGUUGUUGAAGAAGAAGCUCAAGGGCUUUUGAAGACGGCGGUCCAAGGAGGCCAUCUGGAAAUAGUAUAUCGGCUUUUGGAAAUUGGAAAAGUGGAGGUCGCUGAAGAGACAGUCCGUUUGGCAGCAGCGCAAGGCGACUUUGACAUUGUUGAGGUUUUGAUCGGCCACAGCGAUUUCAAGGGUCUCGACGGGGCGAUGUUAGAAGCCGCACGGCAAGGUUCUGCCCGGGAGGUAUUGCGGCUCUUCGAAAUGGGAGCUGACGUCACAGCAACCGACGGUGACGAGAAAAUGACGGCCCUUCACCAUGCCGUGGUUCAAGAUCAGGCUCCGCUGAUUUCAAGGCUUCUGAGUAUUGGGGCAGACUCUGAAGCCAACGACGCAAAAGGUCGGACCGCACUCUUCAUUGGUGCAGAAAUGGGUCAUAGCCGUGUCGUUGAAGCACUGUUACAAGCGGGAGCCGUCAUGGACGUUAACGAUAUACGUGGGAGGACUCCCCUUGACGUGGCUGCAGCUGCAGGCCAUACAGACAUUGUUCGCAUGCUGUGCUUCUCUGGGUGUGCACUUCAGCCAAGCGUGGCUGCACUAGAUUCGAAGGGGAAAGACAAACAGCGCGAAGCAGAGGUGAAUGCACUACAAGCCGCUGCACUCGGUGGUUUUGACCAAAUUUUAUGCCUACUAGUGGAAAACGGUUCAGACCCGGACAUGCGAGGCCAGACAAAUCGCACUCCAUUGUCAUACGCCGCUGCUGCUGGACACAAACAAAUUGUUCGGCGCCUGCUAGACUUUGGCGCGGAUGCAAACGCACAGGACUCAAGUAGCCGCACGGCUCUAUCUUACGCCGCCGAGAAAGGGGACAGUCAGAUUGUGAAGGUCUUGUUGGAAAGAGGAGCUAUCGACCUCGCUCUGUCAGAUAACAAGGGGAAGACAGCGCUAGCAUAUGCUAAAGAGCGAGGCGACAAUGAUAUGUUACUAAUGCUAGAGUUAGCAGAAUCAGAUAGUUAA